AAGUAUCAAAAAGAAAAUAAAAAAAAUCUCUAGUAAAUCUCGCUAGCAAUAGUAGAAAAAAAAAGAAAGAAAAUGGGAUCGAUUCUAUCAGCUUUAGUCGGAACCGGAGAACAACCACCGAUGGACGGCGGCGCCGAAACAGAAGCAUCACGCGUGAUAGAAUUCCAUUCAUCAAACAGAUGGCAACUUCAUUAUAAUCAGUCAAAACAAUCACCUAAAUUAAUGGUUGUUGAUUUCUCAGCGUCAUGGUGUGGUCCUUGUAAGAUGUUAGAGCCUUUUAUUCGCUCUCUUGCUUCUAAGUAUCCAGAAAUUGAUUUUAUUAAAAUUGAUGUUGAUCAAUUACAGGAUGUGGCACAAGAAUUCGGGGUGCAGGCGAUGCCGACAAUUGUAUUGUUGAAACAAGGAAAGGAGCUGGAAAGGGUUAUUGGUGCAAAGAAAGAUGAGUUGGAGAAAAAGAUCAUCAAGAAUAGGGAAGCUCCUAAAUUUGCUGCUUAAUUAUUCUGGUAUUAUGUCUAUUUUGUGCAAUUGGAAUCAGAAUUGUAUCAAAUAAGGUGAUCUUUUAAUAUGAUUUUAUUGAAUGUUUUUCUAACUA